AUGUCUGAGGGCCGGCUGCUUGUUCAAAUCGCGUCGUACAAUACGAACUUGCAGGCUGAACGGGGUCUUCCGCAGGACCUGGUCGACUGGCUUGCUCCGACACUACAAGCCUCCGUGCUCGGAGCGCAAGGCGUCGAGCACCGUGCCCCGGACAUAGUCGCGGUCGGUUUCCAGGAACUGCUGCCGUUGCACCUCGGCUUUGCCGGGUUCUCCAGGUCAGUGAUUGAGAGCCGCGACGCGCUCAUCCUCUCGCAGAUCGAGAAAUACGCGCCGAACGGCGAGAAGUACUCGCUUAUCGCGAAGGAAGUGAACGUCGGCAUAGCGCUGCUCAUCUAUGGACGCGACGAUGGCGUCGCGCGCCGCGUGUGCGACGUCCAAACGCAGUGGACAGGCUGCGGGCCCGCGUACAUGGGGAACAAGGGUGCCGUCGGGGUGCGCUUCCGAGUGUCGGGAGAGGACGGCGGUGUGAGCGAGGUUCUUACGUUCGUCAAUGCGCACCUCACUGCGCAUGGGCACAGGCUUGCCCAGCGGAUCCACGACUACCACCACAUUGUUGGAACGCUGCUCUUCCCCCCUGUCCCUGGCAGCUCCAACCCGAACGACCCGACAACAAUAUACGCAACUUCGCACUUAUUCUUCUUCGGGGAUCUUAACUUCCGGUUCGCCAUUCCGCCGACACAUGCUUUGUCAACACGCUCGCUCCCGGAGCUCGCUCAAAUGGCGUUCGACGAGACAGGUCGGAGUACGCUGAAGGAGUGCGAUCAGCUCUACCAGGAGCGGGACAUCAACGGCCGCAUAUUCAUGGGUCUCCGGGAAGGCGAGUUCUGGAAGUUCCCGUGCAGCUAUAAGUAUCGCCUCGGAGAGGUCGACCAAUUCGACUUUAAGCGGGCACCCGCAUGGACCGAUAGGAUAAUGUACACGUCCUACGCGGACUCACCAGACGCACCCACAGAGUCCUCUAUCUCGAACUUGUUGUAUACCACUAUUCCUUCAUAUACCACCUCUGACCAUAAACCCAUCGUUGCGCUUCUCCUGCUACCUUCAGCUCCCGCCCACUCAACCUCUACAUCCCCACCAACCAUACAGCUACCUGCCACUUACCAUCCACGACCCGACUCUCUCGCCGUCGUGAAGCGGUGGACAGGCCGUAUCCUCGGUCGCCUCGUCGGCUACGUUUGGUGCUUGCUGACGCUCAUCGGCGCUGGCUCAGCGGGCUUCGGGAUCGGCAACUCCAUCAUCGGCCUCGGUGUCUGGGGCUGGUGGCGGACAAGAGUACCAGGCGCACCGGGAGUAUGA